CUGGGCUUGCUCGACGAGAUGCAGGUCGAAGGAGUCCCCCCAAAUACGGUGACUUUCAAUUCAAUCCUCCAUGCCCUUUGCCAGGCUGGCGACCUGAAACGCGCUGGUAAGAUCAAGGACUACAUGAUCCUAAAGGGCUGCCCACCUAACUCAGCCACUUACAACACCCUCAUCCAUGGUUUCUGCCUCAAGGGAAAGCUUGACUCUGCCCGUGCACUCUAUGAUCAAAUGAUCCAUGACGGGUGCACUCCAAAUGAGAUCACCUUUGGCACCCUCAUUGAUGGUCUCUUCAAGCUUAAUAAACCUUCAGAUGCAAUUGACAUGCUUAGCCUAAUGGCUGAGAAAAAAAUUCUUCCCAAUGAAUACAUAUACUCUACACUAAUAAAUGGGCUUUUUCGGUCAGGAGAUCCUGAGGGGGCAUUGAGAGUAUGGGAGAUGAUGAAGAGCAAGGGUAUAAAACCUAAUACCAUUCUUUACACUUCUCUUAUAGAUGGUCUCUGUAGGCAUAAUAUGGUCGAUGAGGCUGAGGAUGCACUCUCAAAAAUGACCACCGAAGAUUGCCCACCAAAUGUACUUACAUACAGCUCUCUAGUGUUUGGAUAUUUUAAAGCGGGCAAAAGCCAGCUAGCAAUUUUGACAUGGCAAAAGAUGAUUGAUAAUGGGUGUGAACCCAAUGAGAUAAGUUAUAGUAUACUAAUAAACGGUCUUUGUGAAGAGGGUAAGCUUAAGGAGGGUUUGAUGGUUUGGAAAAAUAUGCUGAGUAAAGGUUGCAAGCCCGAUAUUGUAGCAUACAGCUCAAUGAUCAGAGGAUUGUGUAGGGCUGGAAUGGUGGAGGGAGGUUUGAGAAUGUUUAACGAUAUGUUAGCAAUAAAAGAUGUUGAACCUGAUGUAGUCACAUAUAACAUAUUGUUUGAUGGGUUUUUGAAGGAUGCAAAGCUUGCAAAAGCUAUGGACUUGUUGAAUAGGAUGUUAGAUUUGGGUUGUGACCCAGAUAUUGUAACUUGUAACAUAUUCAUGAAGGUGUUGGUUGAUGAGGAGGGAAAAGGGAGGGAGUUUUUGGAUGGAUUGAUUGUUAGGCUUUGUAAGAAAGGGAGAAUGGAGGGGGCUGCUGAAAUUUUUGGUGUUAUGAUUGGGAAAUAUUUGGUUCCUGAAGUUUCAACUUUGGAUAUGGUUGUGAGAGGGGUUUGUAAUAGUAGGAGGGUGAGAAAGGGGAUUGAGAAGUGUUGGAAGGAGAUUUGGAGAUGAUUUUCUCAAUUAUCUGUUUUUUUUUCUUUUUGGUGAUUCAAUGUUGUUGUACACUAUUACUUGUCAUGAUUUAUUCUUUUACUUAUAAAGGCAUUUAUCAUGUGGUAUUUCUUUUAAUUUUCAGUCAUAAUCCUUUCUUUAUUGCAUCUACCCCCACUCCUCCUUCUAUAUAAGCACAAUUCAUCCAAUUUGAACUCACACUCAAUUGGAUGAACUCACACUCAACACACCCUAACAUCCAUUAGUAUCUAGUAGAGAGAUAAAUUCAUCUUAUGGCCGCCGCCUCCUCUUUACUCUCCUCUCCAUCUCAUCACUAGCAUUCUCCAAUGAAGAGGAUCCUGGCCUUGUAAUGAACUUCUAUAAGAACUCAUGCCCUCAGGCUGAGGACAUCAUCAGGGACCAAGUCAGCUUCUCUACAAGAGGCACAAGAAUACUGCCUUCUCCUGGCUCAGGAACAUCUUCCAUGAUUGUGGAGUCCAGGUCAGAAAAAUCGGAACUUUAUAUGUAUUCCCUUUCUUCUUUAUGCAUCAACUGUCCGGGGGACAGAAACUCUUACUAUACUUGUAUAAUUUACUUUCAUAGGAGCAGUGAUAUGAAAUUAUCAAGGUUUCUUGUUUAAUUUGGUUAGUCAUGUGAUGCUUCCCUUUUGCUUGAUUCAACAGAGAGGUCCCUCUCAGAGAAGGAGAGUGAUAGGAGCUUUGGGAUGAGGAAUUACAGGUAUUUGGACACAAUCAAGGAGGCUGUUGAGAGAGAGUGCCCUCAGGUGGUCUCUUAUGCUGACAUUUUGGUUCUCUCUGCUAGAGAUGGCAUUGUUGAGCUUGGUGGACCGUACAUUCCUCUAAAAACAGGGAGAAGGGAUGGAGGAGGAGCAGAGUUGAUAUCUUGGAGCAGGACCUCCCUGAUCACAAUGAGAGUAUAUCUGUGGUGUUGGAUAAGUUUGCUGCCAUUGGCAUUGACACCCCGGCAGUUGUAGCUCUCCUUGGAGCACACUGUGUAGGCAGAACUCGCUGUGUCAAGUUGGUGCACCGUCUCUACCCAGAUCUAGACCCAAACCUGAACCCGUACCACAUCCCAGGCAUGCUCAAGAAGCGUCCGGACCCAAUUCCGGACUCAAAGGUCGUGCAAUUCGUCCGAAAUGACCGUGAGACCCCCAUGAAGCUUGACAACAACUAUUAUCGCAACAUUCUUGGUAACAAGGGCCUUCUCCUCGUAGAUCACUAGCUGGAUUAUGAUGAGAAAACUAGACCUUUCGUUAAGAAGAUGGCAAAGAGUCGAAGGUUAUUUUCUCGAGGAGUUUUCUAGGGCGAUCAUGAUUCUAUCGGAGAACUAUCUUUUGACGGGGUUGAAGGGAGAGAGAUCAGAAAGAAGUGCAAUGUUGUUAAUAAGCGCAAUUGAGUCAGAUAUCAGUCAUAUUAUAUGAAUGUGAGAUGAUGUGAAGUUUGUAAGGGAAGUGUGCAAGUAUCAGUGAACAUAAUAUGACUACUAUGUGUGAUUGUUAUAAUGUUAGACGUUUGAAAAUGUUGUUGGUGUGCUUGUAUUAAGAAAGAAACGCUUGAAUAGAUAUGUAUUUUAGUGUCAUUAAAUCUUGACUAAAAUUGGA